GUACCCGUACACAUGCCACCAGCGCAUGUAUGUACCGCGUGAGCUGAUGAAGGAUCUGUUAUCUAUCUGUUCUAUCUUUUCGAGUUCAGUCUUCUUGGUUGAGCGUUCCUAUGCCUGCAGUCUUCUUGGUUGCGGAGCUGCAGAUACAUGUAGGCCUACAUGUUCCAUGGACGAGUAUGUCUUUGGUGGUAAAUACUCAUUCCCAAAGCAGAAGAAGAGAUUCGAUUUGAUUUGCUUCAGUUUUUGCAUUUCACUUUAAGAGCCCACACUUUUUAAAAUAGAAGUACAAAACUCAAACACCUCUAACUUUUACUUGUGAACCACCAACAAUUUCGAAAACCAUGACGACCCCAACAAAAGACCUUGAGUAUGCCAUUACUAAGCCGGUGGAAGAUGACGACGAUGAGCUGGAAUCCAUGACGGGGACGGCUCAGCGGGAAGAUACGUCGAGCACCGAAGAGAUUGCCAUUGGAGUGGCCGAGAACAAGCGAGUGAGUCGCAACCGUUUCUUGGUGGCCGUUGUGUUGCUUGUAUGUGCCACGGCGGCAGCCGUCUUGACCUAUGUGAUUACUGAUCGCGAGGAGCGACAGAGUUUCGAGAAUGAGUUUGCAGGAAUCGCUUCCGAGAUCAUUUCCGUCUCGCAACGCGCCGAAGAGAACAUCUUCAAGGUCAUGGAUGACUUUAGUACCAUGAUGACUUCGUCUGCCUUGGCCACCAACCAGACCUGGCCGUUUUAUAUCACCCCAGACUUUGAACGCCGCGCCAGAGCAUCUCGUGCCGUCUCGGGAGGUCGCAUGUUGGUGACCGUCAACGCCGUGCCUCCUGCCGCUCGCGACGAAUGGAACGACUUUGCCAAUCGCACCAAGGGAUGGAUGCAAGAGUCGGCGGAACUGCGCAAUGUCACACCCGCUCCCUUUUUGCCCGUCAUGUCCACAUUCAACUACACCGAGGAAGGUCCCCAGAGGAUCAUUCCGGUCACGGGAGGCGACGACCUUCAUCUCGUCGCCUCGCAAGUCAGUCCCGUCCCGACGGCACAUCGUAUUAUUGUCAAUAUCGACUUUGGAACUACCUUCAUCGACCGAUGGCGCUACAUGGAAGAAACGGGACGAUCGGCGAGAUCCCAGAUUGUCAAUAUGAACUUUUGGCUCGAAGAACCCGCCGAUGGACCAGUCAACCUCUUCUAUCAACCCGUCUUUGACUCCUUUGACGAAGAAAACCGAAACUUGGCCGCCUUUGUCUACAUGGCGCUCCGUGUUCAAGACCAUUUCGAAGACCUACUCCACGACGGGGCCGUGGGAAUCUAUGUCGUGUUGACCAAUACCUGUAACAAGACCGUCACCUACCAAGUCAAUGGACGAGAGUCUGAAUACCUUGGAGAGGGUGAUCUACACGAAGAAGAAUACGAUUACUUGGGCAUUGAGGCUGGUCUCACAGUGGCUCUCAAUGAAAUCCUCGAAGGCGGAACGGAAUCGCAAACCGGAAUGAGCUGUGGCUACUACAUGACCAUCUACCCAUCCGCCCUGUUCCAUGAAAACUUUCAGACAAGUCGUCCGGUCGUCUACACCAUUGUCGUUCUCGCAAUCUUUGCUUGCACUUCCCUCAUCUUCAUCCUCUAUGAUUGCAGCGUCCAACGUCGCCAAGAAACCGUCAUGGAUUCCGCUGUCAAGUCCAACAAGAUUGUCAAUGACCUCUUCCCAGAACAGUUCCGAGAGCAAAUGCUAGAGAAUGCAAACAACUCGAAACAAAAUGAUGCCUCCAUGUUCAAGGUCAAUGGGACACGAAAGUCUCUCACUAAGUUCAUGAGUGGUGAUCUAGGACCGUUUGACGACGAUGAAGACAUCUUCAUGACCAAGCCAGUCGCAGAUCUUUUUGCCGAAGCUACUGUUUUGUUCGCGGACAUUGUUGGGUUCACGGCAUGGUCCUCCGUUCGCGAGCCUUCACAGGUGUUCACCUUGCUGGAAAGCAUUUACCGGGCUUUUGACAAGGUUGCUGCCAGAAGGCACAUUUUCAAAGUGGAGACUGUGGCAGAUAGCUACGUGGCCGUGGCUGGAGUGCCCAAACCGGUGCCAAAUCAUGCAAUGGUCAUGGCUCGUUUUGCACGCGACUGUCUCCACAAGCUCCCUCAAGUUGUCAGUCGCCUCGAUAAGCACCUGGGGCCCGGAACCAGAGAUUUAACCAUGCGGUUUGGGAUACACAGUGGACCCGUGACAGCUGGAGUUCUGCGUGGAGAGAAGGCCCGCUUUCAGUUGUUUGGAGAUACUGUCAACACUGCGGCUCGCAUUGAGAGCACCAGCAUUGGCAACAAAAUCCAUCUUAGUGAUCGGACUGCACAGCUUAUCUGUGCUGCAGGAAAGGGUGCUUGGGUAGAACGCAGAUCAGAAAAGGUGCAUUUGAAAGGAAAAGGUACCAUGGAGACGUACUGGUUGAAUGCUCAAGUAAGAGCAGGGUUGAUGAGGGCUGGAUCGGUUUGUGGAUCUAUGGUGUCAGACCAGAAUGACAGAGUGGAACAGGCAACGUAUCACUCCCCUGCUCUCUCGGAUCAUACUAGGAGGCUUGUCGAAUGGAAUAUAGAGUCUUUGUCCCGUCUGCUACGCCAGAUUGUGGCCUACCGGAAGACGACGUCCACGACAACCAAAACAUUGAAAAAGGUCGUAGAGGAGGGCGGUCCCUCCACUUUGGAUGAGGUCGCCGAGGUUAUCGCACUUCCUGGCUUUGACCAACAAACAGCCUGCAAGAAGGUGGAUCCAGACACCAUUGUUCUUGGCCCUGAUGUGAUGAAACAGCUCUAUUCGUAUGUCUCCUGGGUUGCACAAUCUUACAAUGACAAUCCAUUCCACAACUUCGAACACGCUUCUCAUGUGAUGAUGUCUAUCAUGAAGUUACUCUCACGUAUCGUGGCACCGGAAUUGGAAAUGGCGCCUGACACGGACGAAAAGGACAGAAUCUCUCGCAUUGCCGCUCAGUUGCACGAUAAUACUUACGGAAUUACAUCAGAUCCAAUGACUCAGUUCGCGAUCGCCCUCUCAGCCCUCGUGCAUGAUUGCGAUCACCGAGGAGUACCCAAUGGGCGACUGGUGGAGGAAGAUGAACAUCUUGCCCGGCUCUACGACCAAUCUGUCGCAGAACAGCACAGCAUCGACACAGCAUGGUCUGAGUUGAUGAGCGAUGACUACAAGGACUUGCGGGCUUGUAUCUAUUCCAGCGAUGACGAACUGAAGCGCUUUCGCCAAGUUGUCGUCAAUGUUGUGCUUGCGACUGACAUCUUCGAUAAGCAACUGAAAAAACUACGCAAUGCUCGAUGGGAGAAGGCCUUCCGAGUGCGAUCACCCUCUGAGACCCUUGGAACCGUCGAUGUCAACCGCAAGGCCACCAUUGUCAUGGAACACAUCAUGCAGGCUUCUGAUGUGGCUCACUGUAUGCAGCACUGGCACGUGUACACAAAGUGGAAUGAACGGCUGUUUCAGGAGAUGUUCAAAGCCUAUGCCACAGGCAGGGCAGACAAAGACCCAUCAUUGGGUUGGUAUAAGGGAGAGCUUUGGUUUUUUGACAACUACAUCAUCCCAUUAUCAAAGAAGUUGCAUGAUUGCGGUGUGUUUGGUGUCAGUAGUGAUGAAUACUUGAACUAUGCCACAGAGAACAGGAAGGAGUGGGCAGAAAAGGGUGAAGCGAUCGUUGCAGAAAUGGCGAACAAGUACAGAACAUUGUUGCAGCCGACGGAAGUCCCCGAAGCUUUUUCGGAUGAGGAGGAGGGCACCAGCAAGAUAAAGAACGAGCUGGAAGUCUGAUUGGGAUUCAGAAUCGUAGACAAAAAUACACCUACAUAAUGCGCUUAGCUCAGUGUUGUUCCUCGCCCAUGCUCUCAACUAGGG